CUAAGCUUAAGGAAAGCAGCAAAGGCGAUGGAGAAAAUGAAGGUUGAAGUUGUGUCCAGAAAAACCAUCAAACCCUCCAUUCCAACCCCUCACCAUCUCAGAACAUUCAAUCUCUCUGCUUUAGACCAAGACGUGCUCGCCAUUCAUUACGGCUCUGUCAUCUUCUUCUACCCUUCCGACAAUGUCGACUCGUAUACGUCGCAAAAGUCUCGGUCACUCAAGACCUCCUUGUCCGAAAUUCUGCUCCAUUUCUACCCGCUUGCAGGCCAGCUUAUGGAUGCGGUAACCAUCGAGUGCAAUGACGAAGGAGCUUGUUUUGUAGAAGCUAAAUCUAGGUGCCGGCUCAAGGACAUUCUUGCUAAUCCUGAUCCUGAUAAGCUUAAGGAGUUGGUCCCGUCUACUGAUCCUAAAGCCAUCCGUUCGACAUUGGCUUGUAUCUUGCUCGUUCAACUCACUAGUUUCGCCUGUGGCGGAACGGCUGUUGCCAUAUCCGUCUCGCAGAAAUUCGCCGACGCUUCGUCUUUUUGUACCUUCAUACAGAGCUGGACUGCCAUCAGUGGCCGUGAAUAUGGCAGAGUCGAGUUACCGAAACUAGUUGGGGCGUCGUUGUUACCGCCUUUGGACACGGUAAUCGCACCCGUUCCUCCCCCGCCCACGACUCGUAAUUGCAAGACAAAGAGGUUCUUGUUUCGCAAACCGGAGAUAUCGAAUCUCAAAGCUAGAGUUGCAACAUCCACGAGGCAGCAGGACAUCAGGGAUGCGGAUAUUGUGUUGGCAAUCAUAUUGCGAUGCGCUACGGUUGCUGCUGCACGAUCGAAGCACGGGUCAUCCACUCGGUCUCGACAGUCUGCUUUGCUAAACGUUGUGAAUUUGCGUAAAAGAAUGGACCCGCCUUUACCUGGAAACACCAUAGGAAACCUGAUACUGAAAUACGCAGUGAUGUUCCACAAGGAUGAUAUGCAACUCAAUCGACUGGUUUCGAAGAUGAAGACCGAGUUCGCCAACGUCUGCAACGAUAAGGUGAAGGGAAUUAAAACCGAGAAAGGGUAUAAUGAAAUUCUAGAGGGUCGUAAACAGAUUGCUCAUCUCCUGAAUAGCAAAUCCGAAGACAUCAACACCUAUACCUGUACAAACUUGUGCGGCUACCCAUUCCAUGAGAUGGAUUUUGGGUGGGGAAAGCCAACAUGGGUGACUAGUCCAAGUGAUUUCAAGAAUCUGAUUGUCUUGCUCGAUUCAAAGUGGGGAGGUAUAGAAGCUUGGGUGACCUUGGACCAACUAGAAAUGGACAUAUUCGAGCGUGACAAGGAAUUGCUUGCGGUUGCUUCAUUAAAUCCCAGUGUACUAAAUUACAGUCGUAUCUGAUCGAUCAGAGGUGAAGUCAGAACAAAUG